AUGAUCUAUAUUUUAAGGCUUAUUGGGAAUGGUGGAGAUUCUCCGAACAAUUCUGGCGGAAUGAUACCGUCUACUGCCCCUCCAUUCGCGAUGACUCGCUGGGUUGCACAGACAAGGCAAAACUAUGUUUCGGUGACACCAUACAACUAUUCCGACACAACCAUCCAUGGAUUCCAAGGCACACACCAACCUGCUAUCUGGAUGGGAGAAAGUGGGCAAGUGAUUCUGUCUCCAGGAGCAGGACAGGUCCAACCCACCUUUGAGGACCGUGGAAUGAAUUUCAAUCAUGAAAAUGAAGUUGCAAGUGUUAAUUACUACAGUGUCGAAAUGGAUGCCCUCGAGGGUGGAACAGUGUUUGCGGAGCAAAGCGCAACCUCACGUGUCGGGCAUCUCAGGUUCACCUUCAACGAUACUAGUGACCCUUAUAUUCUUGUCGAAGCUACCAGAGCGUCUGUUAUGGGCUCAGCCGACCCGUCGAACGUCACCUAUCCCAUAGGGUCGAUUUUUAUAGAUUCUGAUGCUCAAGAGAUCACUGGAAGUAACCCUGAACGUCAAGACUUUAUCAUUGAACCAAUAUCAACCCCAGCGAAGAACUGGAGUGGAUAUUUCUGCGCUCGAUUCGACCAGCCUUUUUCGGCGUGGGCAGUUGUUCAUAAUGGUACCGUGUUUGACGGAGAGAGCCAGGGUAAUGGGACAACACUUUCUGGUUAUGUCAAAUUUGAAUCCAACCUGACGACUGUGAACGUCAGAGUUGGAGUAUCUUUUAUAUCAAUCGACCAGGCAAGGAAGAAUUUAGAAGCCGAAAUACCAGAUGGAACGACCUUAGAAGAGACUGCGAAAGUCACUAGAGUGGCCUGGGCGGAAAAACUGGAUAGGAUCCAACUUGAAGGCGCUACUUCUGAUGAAAUGCAGACCUUCUAUACUGGUUUUUUCCAUACUCUACAGUAUCCUUAUGAACAGGAUGAAGGUGGAAGGUAUUAUUCUGGCUAUGAUGAUUCGGUCCACGUCGGCAGCUCGUACACUGGGUAUUCCAACUGGGAUACGUUCCGUGCAGAGUGGGCGUGGAUUAUUCUAUUCGCCCCAGAAAGAGUGCCAUCUAUGGUUCAAAGUAUGAUACAGGAUUACAAGGAGGGAGGAUGGCUUCCCAUGUGGAAGAAUAUCAUUGAUCAUGAUGAUACUAUACAGGUCGGAACGCAUGCAGAUUCUCUUGUUGCUGAAGCUGCCAUCAAAGGAAUGACAGGUUUCGACUUUGAGACAGCGUGGGACGCUGUCUAUAAGGAUGCCACAGUCCCUCCUGUCAAUGAUACAACGACGAUAUACUACGAUCGCCAAGAGGAUGUAGAUUAUGAAGUCCGUGCAGGAUUAACAUCCCUAUACGAAGAAAGGGGCUGGGUUGCUAACGAUAUACAUGAUGAGUCUGCAUCACGUACCUUGGAUUACUCGUAUGACGACUACGCAGUAUCAAUUCUAGCAGAAUUUCUGAAUAAGACUUCAGAAGCUGCUUUCUUCCGCAAUCGCUCGAUGACGAAUCCUUGGUUGAUUUUCAAUGCCACAUCCGGGUUCAUGGAAGCUCGGAACUCAAGUGGAGCGUGGGCAGGAUCAGCUGCCGGAUGGACUGAGGGCGAUGAAUGGGUUUACACAUUCGAUGUGAUACAGGAUGUUCCCGGACUCAUUCAACACAAAGGGGGGAAUAACAGCUUCGUAACCUUUUUGGACGAAUAUUUUGACGGAGGCCAUAAUGAUCCGACCAAUGAGCCCUCUCACCACAUUCCAUAUCUCUAUGCCUUGGCAGGAGCGGCGUCAAAAGGACAGGUGCGUAUACGACAAAUAGCCCAAAGCAUCUAUAACAAUUCCGUCAAUGGUCUGCCAGGCAAUGACGACUGCGGCCAAAUGAGCGCAUGGUAUCUAUUUAGCUGUGUUGGCUUCUACCCCGUAAACCCUGUAUCCGGGGAGUACGUGGUCGGAACACCCUUUUAUGACAAGGUGACCAUCAACUUCCCGGGCUCGUCGAAACUGCUGGAAAUAUCUGCGCAAGGCGCUCCCAAUAACGUCUAUGUGAAGUCCAUGCAGAUCAAUGGACAAUCAGUGCAAACUCCCAUCAUUGAGCAUGGGCAGCUCGUUGAGGGUGGUGACAUCAUAUUCGAAAUGAGUUCAGAGCCUCAGCCAUGGGCUUCGGGCACUUUGCUCGAUUUACUCAAUGAACAUUGA